AGUGUUGGUUUGCUGUGGGGACGAACGAACUUCAUCGUUUAUAUAGUCGCCAUGAUCGUGAAUUAAGUUCUGUGAGGAUCGUAAAUUGCAUUUUACCAUGGAAACAAAAGUGGACUUGAAGGAAAUUUCAGUCUCGAACACACUUAAUCUUUGAGUUUAAAUAUCCCGUGCCUUCAAUCUGAAGUUUUUGUCUUUGAUCACAUCUCACAAACCAUUCAGUAAUCAAAUUUAGGUACACCCUCGCCUCUUAAAUCUAACCCCUCAAACAUGGUGGAGGGGUGAUAGAUUAAAGAAGGCAGAUGAGAGAAGACUACGAUAAUAUUGUUAUGACAAUCCAAGACUUAAAAUUUGUUGAGGUAAAACGUGUUUAGUGGCAUAUUUUUAAUUACGUUGUUUAGAUAUUUAAUGAUGAGUAAACAGCAUAACUCGGGAGAAUGGCGUUCCACAUAAAUUAUGCUAAUGAAGUUUAUCAGGAGGUCACGCGGGUCUUGUCGAACCAAACUGGUUUGGGUCGGUUUAGAGGUUGCUAUUCGACUUGGGGAUAAUGGCAACCUAAAACUUGAGUAACAUCUGGAGGCGAAAUCAGUGUGUAAUGUUCGCUUUAAAAAGCACAUACUUAAUUGUUAUUAAUUGUGAGUUCAUUGUAAAUGUUCAACUACGUUUUUAAUAUGAAAAAAACCUUCAUUUUGUAUAUAUUGGCGUAAUAGAGAAUUCUAUUAACAAGCUUUGCAGAUCUAAACCGAGUGGCUCAUGCUUUCUCAGUCUGCAAUAUUAGGUCUACCCAUGGAAAGGAAGAAACUGUAUUUUUUUUUCUCAGUUUGGUAGGCGGAAAAUUCAAUUCCUGUGCCCAGCAUUUUUUUUUUAAUAGAUUACUAACUUGCUUCCAUAGUACACCCCUCACAACAAUUUAUUUGGUAUUUUUUAAAAAAAGAAAUGACUGCUGUAACAUAUCUCCGUACUCUAUAAACAAAAGGAAAUAAAAUGACGUCAUAUUAUACAAAUGACGUAGGUAGUUUUGGCGUUGACUACAAACUCUGCCAUACAAAUAUUUAGUCAAUUUGAGCUUUAUUUCAACAUUGAUUCUCAUUUCCCCGAUCGAUCAGUUUGUCAUCACAACUUCAAUCGGUUAAAAUUUGUGUUUGAUUACAAAUACUUUACAAAUUAACCUGUUUGAGACUAGACUCGAUCAGGUUGAUUAAACAAAAAGAUAGGGAUUUGUCAGCAAGUUUUUAUGUAUCGAUUUCUUUCGCCCUAUCACAUUCUCAUUACAGCAGUAACCUGAUCUUACGAUUGAUUUUUCCUUAGGCAUAUUCAUAAUGUAAGCAUUGCAGUAGUAUUGUUCAAAUUUAAGCCAAAUAUUAUAAUUUAUGUAUUAAUUUAGAAUAUUUUAAAAGAGGUCGGGAUAUUAUUCUAUUUAGGAUGCGGGACUUGGGGCUUUUUUUUUUUGGUGGGGGGGGGGGGGGUUUUUUUUUUUUUUUGUUGGGGGGGUUCUGUAUUUUUAUAUCACAUAAUGAAUGAAGUGCUAUGAGAACUGGUAUGUCCACUUUUAACUUUAAAAUAAAUCUACUUCUUUGGCUUUGGUGAAAUGUCCUUAAAAUUACAGGUGCAAUAUAUCAUUUGGCCCCACUGCAUUGUCAAAACGAAUUUUAGAUUCGUGUAAGUUAAAUUGUCUACAUUCCCUUCUUGGUGUCCUGUGCCCUUUAUUUUAAAAGUUUAAAUAAUGAAAUCUUUCGGUAUGGGUUAAAGUUCAAAACACACUUGCUUUAUCGUCGUAGCGUCUUACACCAUGAAAACAUUUCGCGCUUUGCCUGUCAGGGAUAUUCCCUCUCCCCUUCCCCCAUAGCACAGGCCUUAUCCAGACUACAUGACCUGUACACAACCGCAACCUUGGCUGUAUGCCAAUGCGGGUCUAUUUUAGUCAUGCCUAAACAGCCUGUUGGGAGCAGGCUGCAAGCUUGGUUGGUGCGUUUGGCUUGCAGGAGCUCGGUCUGAAUCGAUAUUUUUUCUGCGUGUGGCCCAAAUAUGAGUCUAGCCUAGCAGCAGUCUGUUCGCUUUAAUUCAUACUCUCCAUUUGUAGCCUAGCUGUUGUUUGUCAGCUCUUUCAGUAGGCCUUGAAUUGAUGACUCCAAUAAGGAAAAGUUAUUUCAUUUGUGACUGAAACGCACGAAAAGGCAAAGCAUAGAAAUGGUGUUUAGUAGAUAGUACAUAGACAUAGAGAUAAAAUCAGUCAAUUUAAACCUGAUUUUACUUUUUAAUUUCGACAACGGUGUUUGUUUGUUCGUUCGUUUAUGUCCAGAGCCAGUCCCGAUUUCAAUUUAGUUCAGUUAAUUUCUGAGCGAAAUAGGCUCGACAGGGGCUUGUUUCUUACACAAGUACAGACUUUAUGAUAUUUGCAAAGUGAUUUAAGAAGCUAUUAAACAAUCAGGGGCCGUACAAUUUUUAUCAGUCAUAAGUUCCCAGCGUCAUGUUAAGAACUUAUUUAUUUAAAACUGUCGUACCUAUUGUGUUAGAAGGUAAGCGAAGGCGCAGGUAUAAUUAUAUUUUAAUUUAACUUGCGAACGUUAGCAUUGCCCGCACAAACAAUCCCAUCGACUAUCAAAUAACAUUGACUUGUCAACUCAGUGAAAAACAAUUACGUCUGUCGGUACAGUAACGGGAAUCACGGCUUGAAAAGCCUUGAAGGACAAACGGCCCGUUGCCGUUGGCAGAAUCAGAAAUAAUGAAACAAGGGACUUCGUUGAAAGAUAUAUAGUGGGAUCAAAUAAACGGUCAUUCAUCAAAACGGCGGUUUGUCAGCAAUUAAAAUACAAUUUAUUGAGAGUUUAGCAUUCAGGGUCAGAGGUUCACGGUCAAACUAUCAUAGUAAACUUGCAUAUAAUUAUAUUUUAAUUACGAAUAAUUAAAUAAAUAACCAAACAGAAUGGGUAAUCGUUGAAAACACGAACAGUAAUCAUCGGUCGAGGCCGCCCGAGUAGACUUAAGGCAAAAAUAAUGCAAAUUCGGUUUACGGCACACGCGUGCUGCAAUUUGUUAUCUCCAGCCACGAGAGUGCUCUUAUUUGAUUAAGUUUACGUGAGAUUUUACAGAUGAUUCUCUGAAAACUCAAAUGAAUUUACACUCAUUUGUCUUAGUCUAUGGAGCACUGACAAUAGUUAUAUGACGCUUUGUGACAUUUGUUCCCGUUUUAAUUAAAUACAAUGCAUCACAAAGACAUCAGAUUUCCAUGACAUGGGUUAAAUAAUAAUUGUUUGUCUCCAGGUCGCGAAAUUAAUUGGAAAACUUCAUGAGAAAUAUGUCAGAACUUAUCGACGCUAAGCCUUCUACAGACGAUGGUGAACACACUUACCAAGAUAUUCCUAAAACAUCAAUGGAUGUUGCUGACGACGAUGGUAUAGAUGGGGAGAUAGAGGAUGACGGUCAUAUUGCUGCUGACAGAAAAUCUGUGUCAGGAAAGCGUAGUAAAGCAGCAUCUGAGUCCUCAAACAGAGAACUACAUAGUACAAACAACAAAGAUAAUGGGGAUGCAAAAAAGCACCGCACAAGCUCAGAUCGUAGGCAUCAUCACCACCACCACCAUGGUAAUAGCAACCAUCGAGACAGAAGGCGACGUUCAAGCGGCCAUAGUGAUGCUGAUGCAGAUCUUCAUGGAUCUGAUGAAGACUUUAAGUCCAGUGGUGGUGGACAAUCCAGGCGAAGAUCUGGUAGUUCAGUUGACUCACAUUUAGAACACAGUUUAGUCGAUAAAAAUUCUCACUCAUCUCCAAGAAAACAGGAUAGGAGUCACCGGGGUAGAUCACGACAUAGUGCUGAUGACUAUGCAGAAUUGGGGGGAUUCAAUGAAUCUCAGGAGGAUCCUCUAGCCUCCAUUCACUCAAGGAGAACAAUAAAAGCCAAAAGAGAUUCUCACAGGAGGUCCCAUAUGGAAACUGUUUCAGAAAAAUUUGAAGCUGAGGAUGGAGAAAUCCUGGAAGAUGGUGAACUUGAUGAUGAAGAAGAUGCAGGUGAUGAGGAACGAGAAGUUGGUGAAACUAGCAAAAGUGAUGUGGAAGGUAUGAAAUCAGGCAUGCAUAAAUGGUCAGCCAAUAAAUGGCAUUGUGUAUGGUGAAGAGAAAGUAUCCUCCCUCUCGAAAAUAAACCUUGGUGCCCUUUUUCCCAAUAAAGAAAAAAAAAAUAAGGUGCCCUAAACCUCUGUCCCUUUCAACUUCAACCUUUGGUUAAAUAAUUUGAGGUCCCUCUUCUUCUCCGUGUGACUCCUUUGUUACAACAGCCCCAGAAAUGAACAUCAGUAAUAGUACCGGUACAGAAAAAAUAUUCACUUUUUUUAUAAAUGAGUUACAGUUACAUUUUUAAAAAAAAAAGUAAACUGUGUCCUCAAAGCCCUUGAUAUUCAAAUACCGGUACUGUAAACUCUGUCCUCAAAGCCUUUGUUAUUCAAAUGCAAAUACAGUAAAUUGUGCAAAUCUUGGUGUUCCAGAGUACCGGUAUAUAUGUUCGUCAAUUAAAAUUGAGUCUGGUAUUUAACACAUGUCCCUCCUAUCUCACCAUGCCCCUACCAAUUAAUUAUUGAUUAUUUCUGAAUGACCAUUAAUAAAUCUUAUGUUUACAGUAUCUGAGAACAAGUAGCACUCAGGGAAAGAGAUUCUUGGAUAUUAUUAUUAUGCAACAUUAUAAUUAUUUUAUCAUAAGACACAUACAGAGAUCAAUUGGUAGGGUUUGUAAAUUAUGAAAAAAAUCUUUGUCACUUCCUUUGCUAGUUUAUAGCUUGAUCCCAUUUUUCUCUUCAAUAGCCUGUGUCAAACAAACAAAUAAAUUAUCAAAUGACACCGAAAACAAGUCUUUCUCCAAAUCCUUAUGGUAUAUAAAAGUUUCCCUAAUUCGAUCGUGUUCAAAACCACAAUCCAUGGUCUUUUUAAAAAAAAAUAAGCUGUGCCACAAUCCACAAUGAAUAUGGGCCACUGACGGCUAAUUAUGAUAGUUAAAAGCCAUUGUAUGGCCCUUAAUCAGUAAAGUUCUGCACAAAAAGUUAGGGUAAAAAUUUGUUCAAAAUAGCAAGGAUCAUAUGGGGAAUGCUAUCAUAUAUGGUACAACUCUAUCAAUGGCAAACAUUCUUUUAAAUGCCCAAUCAUUUUGAAUAAUUUACCUGUACCAGUAAAGUAGUUAAUUAGCUAAAAAGAAAAUCCAAUUUAUUUCAGUUUCUCCACCAAAAUCAUCUGGUCAGGAUGACCGUAAAGGUGAGAAACUUGACAGAAAAAAGACUAACUACAAAGAUAAAAGAAAACGUGAAUCUGAUGCAAAGGUAUGUUCUAUUUAUACUACAGAUUUACUACAUUUAUGUUUAGAUUAGCUAUGACUAGAGCAGGGGAGUCAAAUUCAUGAUAUAUUUUUAUCUGUUGCCCUUAAAAAGAUUUGUUUGUUUAUGGUUAGAAGACACAAUACCGGUACCUAAUAAUGAUGUCAAUGUAUCUUCCACUGUUUGCAGCCAUCGUGCCAACUAAUUAUCUUCAUGUAAAUAUUUGUCAACAAGGUAAUAAUAAAAUUAAGGACCAAACACUCAGGCUAAUGCAUUAUGCAAUGAAGUAAGGGGCCGUUGGGGCAAAUAAAUUUUCUCUUGUUUAAUUUUAUUAAAUCAAGAUGUUAAACAUUAAUCUAUUUUUUUUAUGAUGCAUGCAUGCAAUUUUAAUUACUGGUACUUUUUAAUGUCCACUUAGAAAAAACGUUCCAAAAAGCAUUCUGAGGUAGAGAAAACCGACAACCAAAACGGCCCAGCACCUGCUUGGGGUUCAGGAUAUCAAGGACCAAAACCCAAAGCCGCACUCUUUCGCAACAAGUCUCCUCGUUAUGGCAGAGGAAGCAAAGGCUAUCAAAGUCCACCAGGUUUAUAUGACAGUCCGUCAUAUUCUGAAGAUUCUGAGGAUGAGUAAGUGAAAUGAAAUGGACAUUUUAAAUAACAAGUUUAGUUUCAUUUAUACUUGUCAGUUGUUGUUUUUUCAAAAUCCAUAAUGUAACUAAAUGAUUUAUGUGCAUAAUUUAAUUUCAUAAUGCAUUGUUUCUUUUUCAGAACAGCUAUUACGAAAUCACUCACGGAAGGUUACAUUGAUGCUUCAGUGGCUGCUGAUGAGAAAGAGGUAAACAUUUAUCGAGAUGAGCAUCAGCCCAAAUAAAUAAAACACAAUUUUUACUUUAUUUGGUCAAUUCUAAUAAUUAAUACUAAUCUCUUUUUCCCCAUCAAAUCUAUACAAGAUGUUCUUUAUAUCAUCUUUAGGGUAUAUUUAAUAGUAAACUGAGCUUGAAAAAAAAGAAGAGAGAGAGAAAUUCUGAAAGAAAUGACAGAAAACGGAGCAGAAAUCAGGAAAACAAAUCCGAGGGUCCUCCAAAAAAGAGAGCUCUUGUGGAUAUGGCAAUGUCAGAUCGACCUGCCUGCAAGUUUUACAUGGAAGGAAAAUGUACCAAAGUUAGUUUUUUUGUCCAAGUGUCAUUAUAAAUUAAAACCUAUAACUUUCUAAUAUUCUAUUCCAUUAGUCAUUAAAAACCUAUCAUUUUUUAUUCCCUUAGAAAUAAUUUUGACAGAGAGUCAAUUUUAAUGCUCUUAUACUUAUAUGCUUUAAGUUUAAGUAAUUUCAAGUACCGGUUUAUGGUAAUGGGUCUACUUAAAAUGUCAAUAUUUAUCUAUCUGAUAAGGUUAAAAAUUAAUGCACAACAAAUUAAUUUCAAACAGGUUGAAAGCAAGAUUUCUGCCGAUAUUUAUAUACAUAUUUUAUUAAACAUGUUCCUAAUUUGCUUUAUAUUUCUAAGAAUGCAUCAUCCAUUUAAAUAUUUCAGGGAAGUGGCUGCCCAUUUAACCAUGGUGUGGAGAAGCCUCGUAAAAUGGAAGUGUGUAAAUAUCACCUUACGGUUAAAGGAUGUCACAAGGAACGAUGCCAAUAUAUGCAUCAUAUCCUUUUUAUUUCCAUAAGUAUUUAGAGGAUUUUUCAAAAUAAAAAUCUUUCAGUUUCAAGUACACAUAACCAUUCAAGAGUUUCACUUGUAUAAACGUGUAUGUCCUUUGUCAUAGAUGAAAAUUAAAACUUUUCUUAUUAUUUUGAACUGUAAAUAAAUAUUAUUAUUGUGAGGAACCUAGAGUGGGUAACUUGCCUUGAUUAAUCCUCAGUUAAAUUCCAACUGGCAAUAACAUUACAUCUGCAUCUAUUAAAACUUCAUGUUCCCCAUUGAGUUUUACAGGCUACCUCUCUAAAAAUGUAACCUUAACCAUUGUCACAAGAUUUCCCAUGCAAGUAUUACCACACCGGGGCCAAGUGUUACUCUGGAGACAGGUGCAAAUUCUCACAUGACCCUCUAACCGAAGAGACCAGAAAAGCUUUAGCAAUGAGAGUAGAUGAAGAUGAUGUAAGUUACAUAAAAUGAAUUAUGUAGGAUAUAAAAUAACUGAUUUUGUAAUUAAAUUAUAUAUUAGUUAGUAAAUAUUAGAAAGAGAAAAUAUGUUGAUAAUACUUAAUACCAGUAUAUUAAUGGUGUUCCUUUAAGUACCGGUAAGGGAAGAUAAUUAACCGUACUUAUCUUUUGGACCAAUUUUCUUUGAAAAUCAGCCUUUAAGAGAUCUGCAAGGUUUAAAUAAUGAAAUAUUUAGAAUUAUGUAUAACAUAAUUUACAUAUUCAUAUUUAAAUAUUUUUUUCAAUUUUAUGUCGUUUCCAACUGUGGACUAGUUAAUAUUAUUUGUCAAUGAUGACCACACAUUUAAAUGACCUUAAAUGCAAUUUGUAGCUAUGAAAAAUGCUAUGACAAAUAUAUUAAAAUUGAAAGCUUGAAAAAAAUAAAUGGCACAUUUAUUUACAUAGAUUAUUGACAUGGAAGAGGAGCAGGAUUAUGACUAUGAGUAUAGAUCCUCCAGGGAUUAUGAUGGCCGUAGCAGACCCAGUCUGUUGGGUAAGUCUAAAAUCAUUUAUUUUUUUUUAUAGUUUCUCUCAUUCAUAUCUUUGUCAUCACUAGACAAGUAUCCCAUUCACCCAAAACAUUUAUCAAAACAACUUAAGGACGCCUGCCUUUUAUCAUUUUAAUGUACAUUUUUGUGAGAAAAGACAAUAUAACAUGAAAUUGUGAAAUUAUGCAUUUUAAAAUCUUUAAGCAUACCCGGAACCAUUUGUGUUUGAGGCCAAUGAAAAAUUUAAUUGCUUCUUUCUUCCUUUUUUUAAAUUAUGGAUAUUUCUCCCACAUAGGUUCACCACCACGAUUUAGAAAGGAAAUGAAUGUCAAGAAAAUUCCUUCUCUGUUUGAAAUUGAAGUACACCCUCCUGGCCAGUCUCCAAAACCAUCUCCUCAAGCAGUCCGGUAAAUUUAUAGUGUUGCUUUUAUUAUGUUUUUUUUUUUUAAAUUAUAUUUUACGUACCAUUGAUACCAUCAUCAUCAAGUGAAGGCACAGUGUUAUGAAAUGACCUUAAUUCUUUAAAAUUUGAUAGUAUUAUUACAGGUGUAAAAUAUUUUAUUUGUGUCAAGCAAAGAUAACAUAAGUUUGUGUAGGUGCACUUGUUAUGACUCAAUGAUAUCUCUGAUAAUAUGAAUAAAUGAUGAGAAAUAAAAUUAAAGUCAAAUUUCUGAUAUAUCAUUUAUGUUUUAGUGCAUUUAAAUAUGUUGUACCCAGUGUUGUUGGUUCUAAAAGGCUACAUUUGUCUAAUCACAGGCCAUCCGGCUUCUACAGUGAAACCAAUGUCUCCCCAAGUCCAGGAAUGGGAGCCAACAGCGGCCACAUGAAUCCUGCCAAUAUGGGCACGAUGAACAACUCUGGAUCUAGGCCCAUGGGACAAAAUAAUCAAGGAGCCAUGAAUCAAAAUAAUCUUGGGGGACAAGGGCUCUUGCAGGCACCCAUGAGAUCAGGCAAUAUGAUGGGCAACAACAGGCCAAACAUGGUCAUGAAUAAUCAGCAAGGAAUGCCACAACGUCCGGGAAAUGGUAACCCUGUCCAGUUUAUGGGACCCAGACAAGUGAACACCAACAGUCAGCAAAUAGGGGGCAAUGUACCAGUGCUUGACAUGCUGGAGGCUGUACUUCACAUUGUGGGACCAAACGCAAAUAUGGGAAACAAUAUUAGGCCAAGCAAUAUGAACAUGGGACAGAAUAAUAUGAACAUGGGACAGAAUAAUAUGAACAUGGGACAGAAUAAUAUGAACAUGGGACAGAAUAAUAUGAACAUGGGACAGAAUAAUAUGAACAUGGGACAGAAUAAUAUGAACAUGGGACAAAAUAACAUGAACAUGGGGCCUAGCAAUAUGAAUGUGGGACAAAAUAACAUGAACAUAGGAAAUAACAACAUGGGUGUUGGCCCUAAUUCAAGGCAAGGAAAUGUGAACAUUUCAUCCAAUAAUAUGAGUGCAAAUAUGGGUUCUAAUAAUGUGAAUACAAGUCAGCAAAUGAUAAGUCCAAAUGGAAAUAUGGGCAUAAAUCAGAAUUUGGGCUCAAACAGCAAUAUGGCUCCUGUAGUUCCCAAUACUAUGGUUACUGUAAAUGAAAAUUUAGCUUCUGGUGGCGCUGGAGUGGUGCAGGGAAUGUCCUGUCCAAAUAUGGGCCAGGAAGUGGGAAUAAUGGAUAUGGACUAUAGAAUCAAGCGAGACAUUGAUGAAAUUGAAGAAGCCAGCCAAGACCUGACAGAGUUAGAUAAGAUACGGCGACAGAUUCAAGAGCAGAUUGAAAAAGAAGAUGAAGAAAGAGAAGAUGAUGAUGAAGAGUCUGGAGUUGAUGCGGAGUCAAAAAAACAAGGUCUAGGUCAUGAAUUGAGCCCAGAGAGGUCAGAUGAUUCUCAAAAUAAAGAAGGUAAUUGUUUUUUAUUUUUUUCAUUUAUUUCCUUAAUUAAGGUCCCAAAGAAUGCAAAAAUGAUAAUAGUUGACACCUUUAUUUCUCACUUUCCUCAGCUUAAACUUCAAAAAAAACAAGUCAUCUAUAAAUAAUAUGAAACCAGGAUUAUUUUCUAACUUAAAUUUAUCAUAUUUUUAGAAUUAUUUCAGACUAAAAAUCUUUUAGAGUUAGAUUUUUUGUUUUAAAAAAAGAUUCAAUCAUUUUUCAGAUCUAAGAGAUGAAAAGGGAAAUUUAAAAGAGUCAGAAGCUGAUCUGGAAAAUAUAGAAAUACCAGCUCAUUUACCCAAGAAACAGAGAGAGCUCUUCAAGAGAAUUCAACAGCAACAGUUGCUCAGAGAAAAGGAGAGAGAAAGGCAGGAGGCCCAGAAGGCAGCAGAGGAAGCUGAGGCAAAAGUUAAAGGUGAAUUGAGUUUCAAAAACAUUUCUUUUAUUGUUAAAAAUUUGCUUUUAAAACUUAAUUGUAACCCCCACCAUGACUAUGACCAUGACCCACCUUUAAAAACAUUGCAAAAGCAUUAUAUUAUUUUAAAGCAAAUGUUUUUUUGUUUUUUUUUUUUAAGUUUAACUGUGACUGCAUCAAAAGUGACUACAUCAAAAGUGAUGCACUAAUUAACUAAAUAUUUUUUCAUGAUAGCUUUAAUAGGUAUAUUAGCUAAAAGAAUUAUUACAGAAAGUUCCCUGUCAAUGGUAAAACGCUAACAUGUAGGAAAAACAUUAUUUUCAGCUGAAGAAGAUGACUGGUACUCAAGUGAUGAUGAUGGUGAUGAUGGGGAGAAGAAACCCAAGCUGACAGAUGUCCUCAAGAAACUAAAUCAAGAAGUAUGUUUUAUAUUCAAUUUGGAAAUUAUAUUUAGCUAUUCAAUUUUAAAGAUUUGGGACUGAAAAAUAGUUAUUUUAAAAAAGAAAGUUUUUAAAAGAAUAUGGUUUAUUGAUUUUAUUGUUGGGCUGUUUUUGUAUACCAUUGAAUUAAGUUAUUAAAGUUUAUUGAACAGAAUCUUGUGAUACUUAUUGUGGUCUUUUUUUUUAAGACGAUGACUAAGCAAAGCUCAGGAUCAACCUUUACUUCUGGUCCAACUACAAACUCAGAGAGCACAGUGACAUCGACACCAUCAACUGCAUCAGCAUUUAACAUCAUGCAGAUGAUCAAUGCCAUUAAAUGUCAAACAUCCUCUAGCGCUUCCUCACCCACCACAGCAGAGACUGGAGGUCUAUCACCUGGACAGAAUAACUCUCUACAAAGGUAUACCAUCCUUUAUUAAAACUUCUUUUGAGGAAAUUUAAAUGCUGUGUUACUAUCUUGUCUUCCUGUUAAUGGAAAUUGUUUUAUAAAGUAUAUUUUACCCUCAAAAUUGUCUUUGAUUAAAAAAUAGUUAUAUCUGUAAACUUUUAAAUUCCGGCAUAAUUUUUUCAGUUCAUCAAACGUGGAUCCACGGCAAAGAAGAAGCUCUAUGGCAUCAUCACCAGCCUCUCCACCCACUGAAGACAGCACCAAGUCACCAUUAUACCAUCCAUCCAUGCCCAGCCUACAGCUUCAAACACUUACUGUUGAUCCUCCAGUCGUCAGUGCGCGACCUAUGAAACCUCUAGUUUAUGGCGUGGUUAAAAUCUCUAUAGACUUUCCCAAGCCAUAUACCCAUCUUCCAAAAGAUGUUAAUGCCUCUGAUCCCGUCUUUAAAAAUGAUCCCCGGAUAAAAUGGCAUCUUCAAUACUUGGAGAAACAGCAAGCUGAGCAACCUAAAAAGACCAUUGCCGAUACAGAAAAAGCUCAGAAACCAUCAGACCCACGUUUGAAGAAAUCUGAUCCCCGCAUGACUAAAGCUGGAGACUCUCCUGGUAGUGGCCGUGGAGAUGGCUCAAAGCCUGUGGAUCCGAGGCUACAGAAACUUCAGACUGUAUCACGUCCAGUUGAUCCCAGACUCGCUCGACAGGCGGCUGGAAACUUAGAUCCUCGACUCGUGCGCCAGAUGAGUCAGGAUAAUUCUAAUUUCAUGUCAGGUUCUGUGGGCAUGAUGGGAAACUCCUUGGCUGUGUCCACUAUGGGAGGACCUAUGAACCAGAUGGGAGGACCCAUGAACCAGAUGGGAGGACCCAUGAACCAGGUGGGAGGACCCAUGAACCAGUUGGGAGGACCCAUGAACCAGAUUGUAGGACCCAUGAACCAGAUGGGAGGACCCAUGAACCAGAUGGGUGGUCCAAUCAACCAGAUGGGUGGUCCAAUCAACCAGAUGGGUGGUCCACUGAACAGCCUAAUGGGAGGACCCAUGAACCAGAUGGGUCUGCCUUUGGGAGGACUUAUGAACUCAAUGAGAGGCCCUAUGAAUUCAAUGGGUGGGUCUAUGGGCAAUCAGAUGGGAGGCCCCAUGAACAAACCUGUAGCUCACAUGAGUAAUCAACUUGGUGGGCAAAUGAACCAAAUGGGUGGCGGUCAAGGGAGACAAAUGAACAUGAACCCUGGCAAUAUGAACAUGAUGGGUGGCCAAAUCAAUGGCCAAAUGAGUGGAUCAAUGACCAAUCAGAUUAAUGGCCCAAUAAAUCAGAAUGGUCUUGCUGCAAAUUCUAUCAAUAGAAUGGGAGGCCCCCAGGUUGCACCCAGCGGUGUCAUAGGUGGCCCAGGAUUACUUACAAAUGACUCUUCUGUGCUGGAUCCAAGAUUAAAAUCCAGUGCAGAUCCUCGGCUCGGAAAUCAAAGACCAUCUAAUGAUCCUAGGAGUGGCAACAAUGAUCCAAGAUUUAAAGCAAAGCUCUCAAUUCCAAAAGAACAACCAAAAAACUUGAAAGACCCACGAUCUUUAAACAGAGAUCCUCGUUCAGUGGGGUCUCCGAAAAUCGAUGGCUCCCUAGAGCCUAAAGUUGUUGGAAUUAGUCAAGAUAAAGCCAAAAUACCUAUUGAUUCACGACAAAAUUCCAAUGACUUGUUACAAAGUGGAUCAUUGCCUUUUUCUAAUUGGAGUUCAGGACAAAGUGACACAUCACUUUCCAACAGAGACUGGCACCCAGAUACUAAUGAUAAGCUGGAUAUAGAUGAACGACUUUCACCAUCAUCAGCCAUGCAGGACUUGGACAGUGAUUGUCAAAAACAAAAUCGCAAAUUUGACUAUCGCAAUGAUCCACGCUUUAAGAGAGUUAAACGUUUUACGGGUCAGAGAACAAGUAGCAUGGACUAUAGUUCACCUUUAGGUGUCGAUGACCCGCAAACAGCUGGCGAGGAAGCCGGAGACGGUAACAAUUACAACAGUUAUAAUCGACCUAAAAUCUCCAAUAAAGAUCCCCGCAAUAAUAGAAAUGUUCCAAGUCCCUCUCUCCCAGACACAUUGGAAGACUUUGAUCUUCCUGACUCCCCUACAUUGACAGUCUCAGAGCCAGAAGCUGAUUUAAAGGUGAAAGAUUUGUUCAAAGCUAUUGACCCAACAGCAUCACCAUUUUGCUGAGUUGUGAUGAUGGAUUCUCUUCAUUCACUCUCAAUGUCUUAUGCAUUUGCAAGAAAAUCUUAUUGCGAAAUCUCAAAAUAGAUCUAUGUCAAAAAAUACAAUUAAUGGUACAGUAAUUCAAAAUAGUUACCACUUAUCUAUUUUUUAGAAUUGAAAACUAUUAAAAAUUAGCAUCUUUCAGCUUUCUGGGAACAUAUAAUUGUAUCUCAUGUUGCAACUAUUUCACUAAAUAGCUGAAUUUCCACUUAACUCCAGGUUCAAUUUAAAAAACAAAUUAUAUGCUUACAUUAAUUUUUGCGCUCUAUCAUUGCCUGUAAAAUAUAUUUUAAAGGCAGCAGAUUAGUGAAAGAUAAUUUGUUUGUAAUGACAAGACUUGUAGAAAAUUAAUAAUGUUUUUGUUUAUUUCUGUUAAUGUAAAGCAAUUGAUUAUUUUAUAACAUGAUGCUUUGACAUACCAGUCUUUCAAAUAAUAAGCAUACAAAACACCCCAUCCCCCAAACAGCAUUGCGUCCGCUCCAUCCUCCGUAUCUCUUAGUUCACAAACUUUGUUCAUUUACAUGAAUUUCAAGAUUUCCCUAUAAAACUAAAUGAGCCACACAUGUAAAUAUCUUGAGUGCUGUGAUCUUAUUCCUUUUCCUUAUAUGAGCUAUUCAUAAAAGGAGGGGGGAUUUAUUUGUGAAUAGACAGUUUGAGUGUAUAUAUUCAUUUAAAAGCAUGGUCAGUCCUAUGUAAAUAAUUGCCUGAGAGAAUGUGAAUGCAUUUCAGUGUUGGAGCCUUUGGCUAAUCUGAUAUAUUACCAUUAAAAAUGGCCUAGUUACCCAUGAAAGUAAUUGAAUGCUUCUAGUCUUAUAGCAUAUUUGAACUACAUGUGUAACUUCUCAGCUGACUGUUGAGUACAUGAGAUUUUGUUAUUGCUCCUAAAUGUCCAACAAGAUGUAAGUAGACCUUGUAUUGUGUAGAAAAACUUGGCUCAGUACAAGUGUAAGCAAGCAAAUAUAAUGCCAAUAUUUGUGUUGUACUUAAUCUUAUCUCAUUUAUACUGCUGGGAAAUGUAUCCAAGAUCCUGUACUAAUGUUCAGAUCACUGUCACAGUUAAAGAUUGUACACCACUACUGGAGAUUCUUUCUUUUUUUCGCUCUGGAACCUUUAGCUAGUUUUUAUCCACUGAUUUGGGGCCAUUUAAAAUGUUGAUGAGGUUGUAUUUUAAGUUAGAAUUGAAUCAUUCAAAAUGUAUUGCUAUACAAAGCGCAAUAAAUAAUUAAAGUAAAUUAGUAGAUCAGAGUGUGGUAUUUGGUAAACUUGAAAUUUACAAAACCAUCCACUUUGUUAUGUGCGUUUGGAAAGCUAAUGUUCAGAUGGACAAAAUUAAAAACUGUUUGAAUUAAAUAACUAUCAGAAAGAAUCAGCCUGUGAAUAGUCUUACAUUACUUAUACAUAUGUAAAAAAUAUUACACUCCAUGAGGAGGAGUGCUGCUCUCACUUACAGUUACAGUAUUAAAUUUAAUCUUGGCCAUGGGCACUUGUUUGAUUGGUGUUGAUUGAAUUUUGUGCAACAUAGUACAACAAAUGUAUAGAGAUUAUAGUGUAGAUCUUAGUUCAGACCAAACACAUUAUAAUGAUCUCAUGGUGGAGAUUUUUCUUUGUAAAUUUGUUCCUAUGAUUUCUUACAACUUUGAAUAUUUUUGU